GGACCUGAAAUAGGCUGUAUAGACAUGAAGCUUAAUAUCUCUUUCCCAACCACUGGCUGCCAGAAGCUGAUUGAAGUUGACAAUGAACGCAAUCUGCAUACUUUUUAUGAGAAACACAUGGCCGCAGAAGUUUCAGCUGAUCCUUUGGGUGGGGAAUGGAAGGGAUAUGUUGUGCGCAUCAGUGGAGGCAGCGAUAAGCAAGGAUUCCCAAUGAAACAAGGAGUUCUUGCCCACGGUCCUGUCUGUCUGCCUUUGAGCAAGGGUCACUCCUGUUACUGCCCCAGGGGGACUUGUGAGUGCAAACGCAAGUCUGUGCGUGGCUGUAUUGUAGAUGCCAGCUUAAGUGUGUUGAACUUGGUGAUUGUCAGGAAAGGUGGGAAGGACAUUUCUUGCCUCACAGACAACACUUUUCAUCAUCAUUUGGGUCCUAAAAGGGCAAGCAGAAUCUGCAAGCUCUUCAAUCUGUCCAAAAAUGCAGACGUGCACCAUUAUGUGGUUAGAAAGCAUCUUGUGAAGGCCAGGACUAAGGCCCCCAAGAUCCAGCGUCUUGUAACACUCAGAGUUCUUCAACACAAGUGCAGACAUAUUACCCUGAAGAAGCAGCACACACAGAAGAAUAAGGAGGAAGCAUCAGAGUAUGCCAAGCUCCCUGCCAAGAGAACAAAGAAAGCAAAGGUAAAGUGCAGAUUGCCAAGAGGCGUAGACUUUGAUCACUGAGAGCCUCCACAUCAAAAUCUGAAUCCAGCCAGAAGUAAAGCCUCAUGGUUUAAAUACAUUUGUUGU